GCACCAGUCCCGCCAACGUGACAAAGAAGAAGAGGCUUCACGCAGGCGCGCUGUAGUCCUCACGUCGCGCUGUUUCUGUUUUAUUUUGAUACUUUUACUGGAGAUAAAACAUGUACGACCAGGACGAAGAUAAUCAGUACGACGAGGACGAGGAUGAAAUCACUCCAGAUCUGUGGCAGGAAGCCUGUUGGAUCGUCAUCAGCUCUUAUUUUGACGAGAAGGGUCUGGUGCGGCAGCAGCUGGAUUCGUUUGAUGAGUUCAUCCAGAUGUCUGUUUUUAGAGGUUGUGGGGGGACGCCCCCCCCCAUCCAAAACCCCAGGGGUGAACCCAACCACCUCUGGGGGGUGGAGGGGCCGGGGGAGGGCCACGAGGGGCCUCGUUACCUGCUGAAGUUCGAGCAGAUCUACCUGUCGAAGCCCACCCACUGGGAGAGAGACGGAGCUCCAUCUCCCAUGAUGCCCAAUGAGGCACGACUACGGAAUCUGACUACCGGCCCCCCUGUUUUGUUGACCCUCACAAAGACAUAUAAAGGAGGGGGGGAUCGCUGCAGACCCAACACCAAAAACCCCAUCGGUAAAAUUCCCCUCAUGCUUCGCUCCCCCUACUGCCUGCUCAGGGGGCUUAAGGACAGGACCUGUGUUUAACUCAACGAAUGGGCCCUGGACCCCGGGGGGGUUUUUUCUUUAUUCAACGGCUUGAGAAGGGAAAUGGGAAAAAGAGCGCGAAACGGUCCGAGGAAAAGUGUGUCCACGCUGCCCUACAUCAGACAGGAAGUUCCCAUCAUCAUUGUGUUUCGAGCUCUGGGCUUCGUGUCUGACAGAGACAUCCUGGAACACAUCAUUUAUGACUUUGAUGACCCCGAGAUGAUGGAGAUGGUGAAGCCGUCUCUGGACGAAGCGUUUGUCAUCCAGGAGCAGAACGUGGCCCUGAACUUUAUUUUGGGAUCCAGAGGAGCGAAACCCGGUGUAACAAAAGAGGCGAAUCAAAAAACGUUUAAAAAAGUUCUUCAGAAAGAAAUGCGGGCCCCAGUCGGGGUCAGCGACUUCUGUGAGGGCCAAAAAGCCCGGUUUCUUUGGGUUUACAGGGUGCGCUUUCUGCACUUUGGGAGACGAGAGCUGGCACAGGAUAUUACGGCAACAAGAGGCUGGACCUUGUGGGGGCCACUACUGGCCUUCCUGUUCAGAGGUAUGUUCAAGAACCUGCUCAAAGAGAUCAGGAUUUAUGCUCAGAAGUUCAUUGACAGAGGAAAAGACUUCAACUUGGAGCUCGCCAUCAAGACUCGAAUCAUCUCAGAUGGACUCAAAUAUUCGCUGGCCACUGGAAAAAUUUGGGGGUGUUUAAGGGAAAGGGUCAACCCGGCCCGGGGCGGGAUUUUACAGGUUUUAAAACCCUUUUCCUUCGCAUCCACUCUGUCCCACCUCCGUCGAGUCAACUCUCCUAUUGGCCGAGAUGGAAAACUGGCAAAACCUCGACAGCUUCACAACACACUUUGGGGAAUGGUGUGUCCAGCCGAGACCCCCGAGGGUCACGCUGUGGGUCUGGUGAAGAACCUGGCCCUCAUGGCCUACAUCUCUGUGGGCUCACAGCCGUCCCCCAUCCUGGAGUUUCUGGAGGAGUGGAGUAUGGAGAACUUGGAGGAAAUCUCACCUGCUGCCAUUGCUGAUGCCACUAAAAUCUUUGUGAACGGCUGCUGGGUUGGAAUUCACAAAGACCCAGAACAGUUGAUGAACACACUGAGGAAGCUCCGAAGACAAAUGGACAUUAUCGUGUCUGAGGUAACUCCAUCUGUCUCUGACAGGAAAACCCAGCCACAGGCAGUUUACUGGGCCCCGGAUCCUGUGCUCCCGAGCCAGGUUCCCACUGGUCCGGGGUCCUUUUGCUCCCGUUUGCCCGGUUCUACGGUCCUGGAUCCUGUGCUCCGCAAACCGGUUCUAUUUGGGCCCGGAUCCCCGUGCCCUCCCGGGGGUACUGGGCCGGGGUCCUGUGCCCCCGCCCCCAGGUUCUACUGGUCCCCCGGGGUUCCCGGCUCCUGCGACAGGGUUUUAAUUCCUGGAUCCCAGGGUCCUGCAGGCAGCCAGGUUUUGCUGGUCCUGGAUCCCCGGUCCUUUGGGUCCUGUGCUCCUGUAGCCUGGUUCUACGGUCCGGGUUUCCGGGGGCUCCCCCGACGGUUCCCCCUGGUUCCCGGACCCUGUGGGUUCCCUCAGCCAGGUUUCCUGGUCCUGUGUCCUGGUCAGAUACGCUGGCAGGACCUUUUUGGGGGCGGCGGCGUGUGGAGUAAAUCGACAACUGGGGGGGAGGAGACAGUCCCGGGUCGCCAUGACCCCCGAUACCUCCCCAAAAAAAGGGCUUUGGGGCCCACUGCCCAAACCCACACCCACUGUGAAAUCCACCCAUCCAUGAUCCUGGGAGUCUGCGCCUCCAUCCCCUCCCCUUUUCCCCCACCUUCCCGGGCUCCCAGGAACACGUACCCGUCGGCUAUGGGGAAACAGGGCCUGGGGGUCUACAUCAACCCAAAAUUCCAGGGACGAAUGGGCACCCGGCCCACGUCCUUUUACUACCCCCCAAAAACCCUUUGGGCAAACCCCUCGGUCCAAAGGAGAAUCAAUUCCCUUGUGGCAGGCCCCGUUUCAGGGUACAACCAGGAGGAUUCUGUGAUCAUGAACAGGUCCGCUGUGGAUCGAGGCUUCUUCAGCGCCCGGUUCCUGUUUUUUGGGCCCGGGGGAGGAAGUGGGUCAUCGGGGGGACGGGGGACGCUUCCGGAAAAGAACGACGACGAGCUGGACACACCCAAACCCGGGGCUACACAAAGAACUGCAGCCCCUUCCCCGAGAACCCCGCGGAAAACCCCAUUUUUGGGCCAGGUUUAUGGUUACCCUAAAACCCGGGAAAGGACGGAGACAAGUUUUGCCAGCCGACACGGACAGAAGGGAACCUGUGGGAUCCAGUACAGACAGGAGGACAUGCCGUUUACCUGCGAGGGGAUCACACCUGACAUCAUCAUCAACCCUUCCCCCCCCUCCCGCUGGGUGACAGUCGGCCCUCUGAUCGAAAUGGGGCUGCAGGGAAAAAGGGUUUCUGCAAACAAAGGGGAGAUUGGAGACGCAACUCCGUUCAACGACGCUGUCAACGUGCAGAAGGUGUCAAACCUGUUGUCUGAAUACGGAUACCACCUCCGAGGAAACGAGGUUCUGUACAACGGCUUCACUGGGAGGAAGUUGACGUCCCAAAAUCUUUAUUUGGGGCCACUUAUUUUUAGGUUGAAGAAAAUUGGGGGACGAUAAAAAAACCAAAUCGGGGCCCGGGGGCCCCUCCCGAUCCUCAACAGGCAGCCCGAUGGCGGCCUGCGCUUCGGCGAGAUGGAGCGUGACUGUCAGAUCGCUCACGGAGCCGCUCAGUUCCUCAGAGAGCGUCUGUUCGAGGCGUCCGAUCCCUACCAGGUCCAUGUCUGCAACCUGUGUGGCCUCAUGGCCAUCGCCAACACCAGGACGCACACGUACGAGUGCCGAGGCUGCCGCAACAAGGAAACCCGGAUCUCUCUGGUCCGGAUGCCGUACGCCUGUAAACUUCUUUUCCAGGAGCUGAUGUCGAUGAGCAUCGCUCCUCGUAUGAUGACGUCAUAGGCGGGUUGGCCAAUCAGAUGUGACGUGACAUCAGCAGCAGGAAGUGACGUAGAAGUUUAGUUAAACGUUUUUAGUUUGAAGUCGUCUCAUUUUUUUCUUUGUACAAGUCAAAUAAAUAAUUUUUCUUCA